AUGCCUCCAGUAUCCAACCCCGUCUCCGCCGCAGAGCUCACCACGCUCUCUACGAAAGCCAUAUCCGCCAAAGAAACCGCCUACUGCCCCUACUCGAAGUUCCGCGUUGGAGCCUGUAUCCUGACGAAUCAGGGCGAGUACAUCUCCGGCGCGAAUGUCGAGAAUGUUUCUUACCCUGUUGGGACCUGUGCGGAGCGUGUUGCGUUUGGGACUGCUAUUGUUGCUGGACACAAGGAUUUCAAAGCUAUUGCUGUCGCGACGGAUAUUCGACCGGGUGCUUCGCCUUGUGGCAUGUGUCGGCAGUUUAUGCGCGAGUUCACGACGCCCUCGUUCCCGGUCUACAUGUAUGAUGCGGAUGGGAACUAUACCGUAAAGACGAUGGGUGAGCUUCUGCCUGAUUCGUUUGGACCGGCGGAUUUGCCGAAGGAGUAA